AUGGCGUUCUUGACGCUCGAAGAUCUCAAGACGUGCUUCUCGCUCUUCUGCGUUGCCUUUGGCAUUGGCUCUCUCGGUAUGCCGGGCAACUACGCCCUGUGCAUCUCCAAAGUCAUGCUCGUCGCACCCAAGAAGGUCCAGACGCUCGGCGACAUGGGCGAGUGGGUCUUUGGCAAGACCGGUCGCUGGGUCACCGUCAUCACGCACAUGCUGGUCUGCACGAUGGUCCCGAUUGUCUUCUUGGUGCUUGGCGGCACCUUGCUCACGGUCUUGUUCCCCAACUCGUACGACGACUCGACGUGGAUCGCCCUCAUGGGUCUCUCGCUCCUCCCCGUCUGCCUCAUCCCGACACUCAAGGACGGCGCCGGCACCGCUGCGGCCGGUGCCCUCGGCACCGUCUUCGCCGACGUCAUUGCGCUCUACAUUUUGAUUGACAACACGACGCCGAUGCCGUCGGGCAUUUCGCCGCCGUCCCCGCACAUCACGUUCGAAGGCGUCACGACGGUCUUUGGCAACCUCUCGCUCGCGUACGGCGCCGGCGUCAUCAUUCCGUCGCUCCAGCGCGAACACUCGCAGCCCGAGCGCAUGCCGCGCGUGAUCACGGUGACGAUCUCCGUCAUUACCGUCCUCUUCCUCCUCAUCUCGAUCUGCGGCGACUUUACCAUGGGCUGCCAGAUUCCCGGCAACCUCCUCUUUGCCAUCAUUGGCGACAGCCUCGGCUUUACGGCGUCGCGCGGCGGCGUCAUCCUCUCGUUCCUCUUCAUGCAGCUGCACAUCUCGAUUGCGUUUGCUCUUGUCCUCUUUCCGGCCAUGUUUAUCGCCGAGCGUCUCAUUCUCGAGACCAAGACGGCGGACGCGGCCGUGGCCGACGUGGCCGACGAAGAAGACGACGUGCUCGACCCCUCGGCGGCGUACCAGGCGCCGGGCGCGUACCUCAAGGCCGCGAUCCUCCGCAUCGUCAUGGUCGUCCUCUGCGUCGUCAUUGCGAUCGUCUUCAAGAACAAGUUUAGCGACCUCUUGGAUUUUGUCGGCGCGUCGGCCACGUCGCUCUGCUGCACGAUUCUCCCGAUUGCGUUUUACCUCCGCACGUUCCGACACACGAUGGGGCUGCCCGAAAAGAUCUUUGCGAUCCUCUCGAUCCUUGUCACGUCGGCGCUGGCGAUCUAUGUGAGCGUCAACACGGGCAAGGCCUUGUUCUCGCCGACGCCGCAAACGAUCAAGUUUCCGUUCUGCGAGCCCGAAUUCCAGACGUAUGUGUACACCAACCGCACGAACUACAAGUACUGAGCGACGCGU